UACACAUCUGCAAAAAUGGCGACUGUUGCCUUUCGAUGGCUAGAACUUUUAGAGAAGGAAUUUGACAAAGCCUUUGUAGAUUUGGAUCUGCUAUUAGGUGAAAUAGAUCCUGAACAGUGUGAAAUUACAUAUGAUGGAAGACAAAAAAUGACCGCCUUAUCUGCAGCCUUUGCUCAGCUGUGCCAUAAAGCACAAACUAUUUUCCAAAGCAGUGCAAAAUUGGAGGCCCAGCUUAUAGAUCACAGAUCAGACCUAUGUGAGGUCAGGGCUACCAAAACUGUUGUAGAAAAGGAGCUGCAGAAUUUGAUUCUACAGCUGCACAGCUGCCAGAUUGAACUGCAGACUGUCAAAUCUGGUCAUGAUGUGGACUCUGAAGCUAUCAAAAGGAAGUUGGAGAGUGAGAUAGAAGACAGGAAGAUAGAUAACAUGCAAAUGGCACGUCUUGAAGCAGAGCUUAAAGAACUGAAGAAGGACAACCAUGAACUCAGGCAAUAUGUGGUAGCUCUACAGGGAGAGGUCUAUGGAGCAAGACUAGCUGCUAAAUACCUUGAUAAAGAACUUGCUGGAAGGAUACAACAGAUUCAGUUGCUAGGAAGAGAUAUGAAAGGCUCAGAGCACGAUAAACUGUGGAACCAAUUAGAAGCAGAAAUACAUCUUCACCGUCAUAAAACAGUCAUAAGGGCUUGCAGAGGACGCUCUGAUAACAGACGGCGUAACUUUUUACCUCCGGGACAUGACCUAGAUGCCUUGAGACACAGACAGGGGGUUGGGGAGAUAAGAAAGGUGAAACUGACUAAAGAGCCAGAUGAAGGCUUAGGCAUGUCAAUAACAGGUGGUAAAGAACAUGGAGUGCCUAUCCUGAUCUCUGAGAUUCACCCUGGCCAACCAGCUGACAGGUGUGAAGGCUUGUAUGUGGGUGAUGCAAUAUUAUCAGUCAAUAGAGUAGAUUUAAGGAAUGCAAAACAUGCUGAAGCUGUGCAGAUACUCUCAAUGCAGACAGGAGAAAUAGAGAUGGAAGUUGUAUUUGUGGCACCUGAUGAAGAUUCUGAUGAUGGAAAUGAUGAAUAUGUAGAUGAAAAUGGAUUCAGGUACAGAAUGUAUGACGAAGAGGUUGGUAGUGUCACUAGUGAACAAAGUCAUGGUAGUCAUAGUAAUCGAGUUAACGGCAGCUCAUCAUCCCCAACCCACAAGCAGCAACAUGGUGCUGCCAAUUCUCAUGCUUUAAAUGGUGAUGUCACAAAUAGCCCAAUGAACAACACAAACUCAAUUCAGAAUACGUCUGCUAGUCCAUCUAAUGACCUUGACCUUGACAAGUCUUUGUCAUCUCAAUGUGAAAACGUGACUCAAAAUGAGGCUGUCCAAGACACUCUGCUAUCUGCUAAUGUACAAGCAACUGAAAACAUUCCAGAAUCUUCUCAAAAUACAGCUGAUAAUAUUGAAACUGAUGCUCCUUCAGUCAAUGGGAAAGGCUCACUGAAUGCUCCCUCAGCAGACGGAAAGAAGGAUCAGUCACAACCAAAUAAGCUUUCGGAUGAUCUCAAUGGUACAAGCAUGUAUACUGGGUGUAAUGGACAUGAAGAAACUGGAAAGAAUUGAAAAUAUAUGUGAAAUUUACGUCGCAUUUUUGUAUUGAAAAGCAAGAAAAUGAUUGAAAUUGUGAGGGAGAACUGAAUGUGAACAUUGCAAAACAGGGAGCCUGCUAUGUUUUUAAAAAGCUAGAUGCCAUAAAUUGAUAUUAAUAUUCAAAUGGAAAUUAUGUCUCAUUUAUUAAUGAGGAAAUGCAGUACAGGUAAAAUCUAGUUGCACAAUUUAGUAUAACAGCAAAUUUGGUUGAAAAUUUAGUUUUCACCAUAAAUGGCAUUAAAACCAUUGGAAGUAGUCAUUUGCAAUUAUUUAUAACUUCGAAAAAAUACAGAAGAGGUUGAAGUUUUGUUAUUGCAUGACAUCUAUCCACCAUAGAUUUUGUAUUCGCACCUUUAUGUUUUGUGCAAUUUUGCAAGUCAUCCGUGAUAAUUUUGUGCAAUAAGGCCAAAAAUGUUCACUUCUUUGUUUUAAGUCCCUGACUGCACAUAAAAUAAAACAAUCAAAUGCAAUAGGAUAUGGAACUCUUGAAAUGGUCCCAUAAGUCACCUAGUGAAGUACUGCAGUACUGGGAUUAAAACUUGUUCAAGUAUUGUAGGCCCCUAACGGGUUAUAAUGGCGUCAUCUUCAAGAUUAAAUAAAAAAUUAUUAAAAUAAUGUAAUUUUAUUUCCAUAGAAAGAUUGUGAUUUUGCAAGAAUUAAUAGCCUUCUUGAGAGAUAGAGAUCAGCAAUUUUCAUUUCUUAAUUUGGAGAUGUCAAACUAAAAUUGUGAUUAUCUGGCCUAACACAUAUUUUGUCUUUUAUUGAUGUUUGGUAUUUUGUUAAGUAAUGUAAUGUAAAUUAAGUUUUGUACAUUAUAUGAAUGGGAUGAGCUUGUAAUAUAAAAGUCAUAUUUUUAUGAAGCGUACCAAAAAGUUUGACAAAAUAUAUAUUUGUACAUACAAUCUCUGUCAAAUGAAAUGAAUGAUAUAAGUUUAAUUCAUUUAUUAUAUUGACAGGUUGAAUAAGACAUUUUGCGUGAGCGAGGUCUCACACAACAGGUUAUAACUUAAACGUAUUCGCAACCCCAUCUCAUUUUAAUCGAACUGCUGCCACAUAUAAAUCUGGUGGCAACCACAUCUCAU